UUACGCUUAGACACCGACAAGCCUGAACCAGAUGCAGCCUUCAAGAGCUUCGUCAGGUCCAACCAGCUGUCAGCCACUUCUUGCGGGUCGGCAAAGCCCUUAUCCGUCGUCGUUCCGCCCUUCUGCUCGGCCAGCACGAUCCAGCCGGUGCCCCGCGAAGAGCUCGUCCAGUCCGCCGACGGCGGGCCUGAGCAACCCCAAACCGGGUGUCUGUCGAGGCCCGUCUUUGCCGGCGCGGCCGGCAGCAUCGAGCAGCCUGCGGACGAAACCGAAGCCCAACCAGCGCCGCUAUCCAACGGACAAAGGGCGUCAAGACCGACGCAAAGCGUCAGUCAGAGUGAGGAGGAGGAGGCUGGGUCGCCGGCUGUCGGGCUCCCCCGUGAAGACGAGCAUUGCUGGAGGCCGUACCUGCGCGUGGUCACCCAGGCCACCGGGGUACUUGUGCAUCUCGGCCAGUUCGCCGGAUUCCUCGGUUGGCCGCCCUCUCCGGCCCCGGAGACCAGCGCCGAGAUUGAGACGAAGCCUGAGACCGGGACUGAGAUUGAGCCGACAGGCGGCCAGUCAGCAUGUAAGGCUUUGUUGCUGCGCGAAGUGAUCAGCUUCGACUCGCGCCGGACUCAAGCCCAUCUGAUGGGCCAGCUGACUCCGGCGGCCGUUCGGAUGCUGGUCGAGUCGUCACGUCAUAGCCAACAGGCUCGUCAGCGCAGAAGCAGCGGUCACUGUCUUGUUGGUUUGCCCGGUCUCGGCAACCCCGCGCUCGGCCGUCCGAGCCAAGGAGACGAACGCUCCUCCAUCACCCAACUCCGGCGGGAAGACAAAUCAGAGUAA